AGCUUCACUUGUUGUUUACAGGCUUCAAACCCGUACCUUCCAACAAGAAGCGGCUCGUUGACCUCUGGUGGCCGUUUCCGAUGCCCGUCCUGCAGACACGAGGUGAUUCUGGACAGGCAUGGUGUUUACGGCCUGCAGAGGAACCUGUUGGUUGAGAAUAUCAUUGACAUGUUCAAACAAGAAUCCAGCAGCAGCAAACCAGCACCAGAGAAAAAGGAAGAAACGCCCAUGUGUGAUAUUCACGAGGACGAAAAGAUCAACAUUUACUGCGUGACCCACGGUGUGCCCAUAUGCUCCAUGUGCAAGGUCUUUGGAGCCCACAAAGACUGCGAGGUGGCUCCUCUCAGCAGCAUCUACCAGACGAAGAAGACGGAGCUGAGUGACGGGAUUGCCAUGGUGGUUGGUAACAACGACAGGAUGCAGGGCAUCAUUAGUCAGCUAGAGGAAGCCUGUCGUGCCAUAGAGGAGAACAGUCGGAGACAGAAGACUCUGGUUUGUGAAAAGUUUGACCACCUGUACUCUAUCCUGGAGGAGAAAAAGAGGGAGAUGAGUCAGAAGGUGACAGGCGAACAGGAAGAGAAGGUAAACUAUAUCCGGGGCCUGACAAGGAAAUAUGGAGACCAUCUGGAGGAGAGCUGUAAAAUCUUGGAGAUGGGGAUCCAGACUAUGGAUGAGCCAGAAAUGGCUUUAUUCCUGCAGAACACAAAGCCUCUCCUCAAAAAGAUUGAAGAGGCAUCCAGUGCAGCGCACCUGGAUAAAGUAGAGCUUGGCUACGAGAGUAUGGAUCACUACAAAGUCGACUUCAAGAAAGAGGGCAAGGCCCUGCGGAGCAUCGACUUCAUCCAAGAUGACAAAGAUGAGGAUGAAGAAGAUGAGGCUGCAGGAGCCGGUGCUGAGGAAGGAGAAGGAUCACAAACUGUUCCUGGAGGUGCUGUUUCAGCCACCUCUGCCCAGCCUUCUGCACCCCCACAGCAGAUGAGCUCCUCCCCCAGCGCACCCACGAGCACUCCUCAACUUAGCUGUCAGCCAUCGGCCCUGACAACACCUAAACCAGAAGCAGGAUUGAUUGUUGCUCCUAAAUGUUGA